AUGUCCUCCGCUGUUCAAUUACUAAAUCCGAAGGCCGAAUCCUUGAGACGAGCACAAGCUCUUCAAGUGAACAUAUCAGCUGCUCAGGGCUUACAGCAAGUGCUUGCAUCCAAUUUAGGGCCAAAGGGAACAUUGAAGUUAUUAGUCGAUGGGUCAGGUGCCUUGAAAUUAACAAAGGAUGGUAAGGUUUUAUUGACAGAGAUGCAAAUCCAGCAUCCAACAGCAGUUAUGAUUGCAAGAGCAGCAACUGCACAGGAUGAGAUUGCUGGUGAUGGAACAACUACCGUGGUUUUAUUGGUAGGUGAAUUAUUGAAACAAGCUGAAAGAUUUGUCAGCGAGGGUGUUCACCCACGAGUAGUUGUAGAUGGUUUCGACGUUGCGAGAGAUGAAUCUUUAGAAUUUUUAAACACGUUCAAAAAAACACCAGAGCACAUAGAUAGAGAAUUUCUCUUGCAAGUGGCAAGAUCCUCUCUCGCUACUAAAGUUGAUAGCGAAUUAACAGAGGUAUUAACACCAAUAGUAACUGAUGCUGUAUUAAAUGUGAAGAAAGCAGAUGAAAGAAAUUUAGAUUUGCAUAUGAUUGAAAUCAUGACAAUGCAGUUUGGAAGUGCCAAAGAUACCGAAUUAGUUAAAGGAUUAGUUUUAGAUCAUGGAACAAGACAUCCUGAUAUGCCAAAAAGAGUCGAAAAUGCUUAUGUGUUGAUCUUAAAUGUUUCAUUAGAGUACGAGAAGACAGAAGUCAACUCGGGUUUCUUUUAUUCGUCUGCUGAACAGAGAGAAAAAUUAGUUGCAUCGGAAAGGCGUUUUGUUGAUGAAAAGUUGAAAAAAAUAAUCGAUUUAAAGAAUCAAGUAUGCGAAUUGAACUCGAAUAAGGGCUUUGUGAUUAUAAAUCAAAAAGGUAUCGACCCUAUGUCUUUAGAUGUCUUGGCGAAAAAUGGUAUUUUGGCCCUCAGAAGAGCUAAAAGAAGAAACAUGGAAAGAUUACAGUUAAUAUGUGGUGGUGAAGCGCAGAACUCUGUUGAAGAUUUAACACCAGAAGUUUUAGGAUAUUCUGGCUUAGUUUAUGAAAAUUCUAUUGGCGAAGAUAAGUUUACUUACGUCACUGAAAACAAAGAUCCAAAAUCGGUUUCGAUCUUAAUCAAGGGAUCUAACAGCUAUACUUUGCAACAGUCCAAGGAUGCAAUCAGAGAUGGUUUGAGGGCAGUCGCUAAUGUCAUCAAAGACAAUUCAAUUUUGCCUGGUGCUGGAGCAUUUUGGUUGAGCUGCUAUAAUCAUUUAUUGGAUUCGAAGAACAAGUCGCUCAGGGGUAGGAAUAAAUCUGGAAUUAAAGCAUUUGCAGAAGCAUUGCUUAUAGUUCCAAAGACCUUAUCAGCUAAUGCUGGGUUAGACUCGUUAGAGACAAUCUCUAAUUGCCAAGAUGAAAUAGCUGAAGACAGAGUCGUCGGAAUCGACUUAAGAUCAGGUGAGCCUAUUGAUCCUACUGUAGAGGGUAUUUGGGACUCAUUUAGAGUAUUUAGGAAUGCCAUUUCGGCUGCCACAGGUAUUGCGUCUAAUUUACUACUUUGUGACGAGCUCUUGAAAGCUGGAAGGUCUUCCUUAAAGGAAGGUGGGGGCGGUCCAGGUGGUCCAGCUCCUGGGGGUCCACCAGGGGGAAUGCCUGGAAUGCCUGGAAUGAUGUAG